AUGAUUUGUCGUGCAAAAGAAAACGAGAGGGAUCUAGAGAAGGGACUGGCCAAUCGGUUUAGCUCUAGUCCUAACCUUCUUUUAGAGGCAUCAUCAUCAUUAUCACUCCCUUCUCCGUCGCCAACACCGUCGCCUGCCGCAACACCAAGGGCGACUCUGGUGUUCACCAAUUCUGGCAAGAAAUUGCUCGUUUCCAAUUCGAGCAAGUCGCUGGUUGUUUCCAAUUCGGGUAAGCGGUUUGAUAGAAAGAAGUACUUGAGGCAGGUGACCGGCCGUCACAAUGACACGGAGCUGCAUUUGGCUGCGCAGCGUAAUGAUUUGGAGGCUGUCAAGAGAAUUCUUGGGGAAAUUGAUGAGCAGAUGAUCGGGACGUUGAGUGGUGCUGAUUUUGAUGCUGAGGUUUCCGAGAUACGGUCUGCGGUGGUGAAUGAGGUGAAUGAGCUAGGUGAGACAGCCUUGUCCACAGCAGCUGAGAGAGGGCACUUAGAGGUUGUAAAGGAGUUGUUGAAGUAUACGACUAAGGAGGCCAUUUCGUACAAGAAUCGUUCUGGGCUGGAUCCUCUUCAUCUUGCUGCAAGUAAUGGUCAUCAAGCUAUUGUCCAGCUCCUGUUAGAGCACGAUCCCACACUAAGCAAAACAGUUGGCCAAUCAAAUGCAACUCCUCUUAUUUCUGCCGCUACAAAAGGGCAUGCAGCGGUAGUUCAUGAAUUGCUAUCAAAAGAUCCGAGCUUACUAGAGAUGACUAAAUCUAAUGGAAAAAACGCAUUGCAUCUAGCUGCCCGGCAGGGGCACGUAGAAGUUGUAAAGGCAUUGCUAGGCAAGGAUCCACAACUAGCCCGUAGGACUGAUAAGAAAGGGCAGACGGCAUUGCAUAUGGCUGUUAAAGGAGUGAAUUGUGAAGUGGUGGUGCUGCUGCUGGAGGCAGAUGCAGCUAUUGUUAUGCUUCCAGAUAAGUUCGGGAAUACAGCAUUGCACGUAGCCACCAGGAAAAAGCGGACACAGAUAGUAAAUACAUUGUUGCGCCUUCCUGACACUAACGUCAAUGCACUAACAAGGGACCGUAAAACAGCCCUUGACAUCGCUGAAGCACUCCACUUCACUGAAGAAACCUCAGAGAUAAGAGAGUGUUUGGCUCAUUAUGGUGGCCUAAAAGCAAAUGAACUUAACCAGCCACGGGAUGAGCUUCGAAAUACAGUCACACAAAUAAAGAACGAUGUGCACUUCCAGCUUGAACAAACCCGAAAAACCAACAAAAAUGUAAGUGGGAUUGCCAAGGAGCUCCGUAGGCUCCACAGGGAAGGAAUCAACAAUGCCACCAACUCAGUCACAGUGGUUGCUGUACUCUUUGCAACAGUUGCGUUUGCAGCUAUUUUCACUGUUCCUGGCGGUGACAAAGACAAUGGCACGGCCGUAGUGGUGAGCAGUUUAGCAUUUAAGAUGUUUUUCAUCUUCAAUGCUAUUGCACUCUUCACGUCACUGGCUGUUGUGGUGGUACAAAUCACACUUGUGAGAAGAGAGACAAAAACAGAAAGACAGGUUAUAGAGGUGAUCAAUAAAUUAAUGUGGCUGGCCUCUGUUUGCACUACAGUAGCAUUUAUUUCAUCAUCAUACAUAGUAGUCGGCCGGCAUCACAAGUGGGCUGCAGUUCUUGUCACAGUAAUAGGAGGAAUUAUAAUGGCAGGAGUUCUUGGUUCCAUGACUUACUACGUGAUGAAGUCCAGAAGGAUUAGAAAAGUGAGGAAAAAGAGAAGUCUUCAAGAAGAAGUGCAAAUGGUUCUUGGCAUUAUUCAGAGACUGAUUCAGAAGUAA